GCCAUUCACUAGAACGCAAGCCGCGAGCACGCACCUACCCUCUGCCUUAGCCAGCCACUCGCUCACUCUUCUGCUUGUGCCACAGCCUGCACCAGUGUGACUGUCACGUUCACAAGUUGUCAUCGGCUUGCAAGACAGAUUUUUUCGGCAUUAACGGCGUCGGCUGUCGGCUCCUCUCGCACUCGUCGCGCUGCUAAGCUACUGCCAUUACUUAUUUUAAAAUUCCUAAAGUUUUCGAUUUUUUAAUUCCACGAAAAAAGAAAAUUAUUUGAAAAUCUAAGUACGUACACGUGGUACCUCCGCGAACGAGAGAGAGUGAGUUGGUCGCCGUUUCUUUCCCGUUUACUCUUCACGUCUUAAUCGGAAAAUAUGGGGAAGACAAGGAAUAAGCAAACGACACGUGCUGGCGCUUCUAAGAAGGAGUCGGUGAGCCCAAGCUCUGUGCAGGUGCCCAUUGAGGACGCUGUCCGGACAGUCAAACGCCGCAGCAACCUUCCCAAGGACGCCAUCAUCGUGAUGAACAACUGGCUAAGGCAAAACCUUAAGCACGCCUACCCAACGGACGCCAUGAAGGAGCAUAUGGCCAAGUCGACCGGACUGACUCUCGUUCAGGUUUCGAAUUGGUUUAUUAACGCCCGGAGGCGCUACCUGGCUCAGCUAAUUGCGGAAGCUGGCUUAGAUGAGUCUGAGACCCACAAAAUCCGGCGGCGAGGCAAGAACCAGCUCAGGGAGCCGGCGAAGCCAGUGACUGACCGGAAGCUACCGGCCAAGUUCAGGACGACUUCUACAUCGUCAACCGGAUCUGACAGUGGGUGCAUGGAGAACACCCACCCCAUUGUCAUGUGGCACAGUUCUGCGGAAAGUGUGCCCAGCUCAAAGCCCCUGAUUCCUACCAAGAACAAUGGCUCCAAAGGGUUUGGUAUGGGAUGCCCCGAGUUGAGCCACCCGUUUAUGAUGCGGCCCACUGACAAGUUAAUUCUGCACGCUCAUGAGUUGCUCAAAGAGGAGGACAAGAAAAGCAUGUUCUAUGACAUGCAGUUGCUGUCUACAGUGGCUAUGGUCGUGAGAGCUCACAGCAAUAAUGCUUAAAAUUGAGCCUUGUCUAGUGCAGAGACAAAAUCGUAGUGUAUUUAAUAUAGUUUUACCUUGUACAGUCUUAUAAAAUUUCAAGCCUUUUGGUUUAGCACAACUCGCAGCUCAGCGUAGCUAAACUUAAACGUUCAAAGCGUUUAUAUUAACUAAACUUAAAAGUGCCAUUAUCAGAAACCGAAGACUUCCAAGCUUGAAGACAAGCGACAAUAAAUAUCGCAAAGAGCGACAUUGUAUAUAUUUUACCAUAAUUUACUCCUUAACAAGUAAAGUGAGGUGUCUCAAUACGCUUAAAUGGUUGAUAUAUAUAUAAGUCGCAAAUUUAGCUCUAAACACGGCGACAACGUUGUACAUUUUUAUGUAAGUAAUCGUGCUGGAACAAUAAGCUCGCAAUAAGAUCAAAAGCUAAAACGCUUCAAACAACAAAAUCAUUUUUUACGCAUUUAAGGGGUUCAUAAGUGGUGAAUUUUUAAUCUUUGACAUAAGUGCCUAUAUUUAUGUUCAGACUGGAAAAGCCCGUUAUACCACCGCUGCACCCAAUCAUGUGCUCCUUAGGUGCAUUUGUCGCGUGGUUGAUUUUAAAUAAACCUAAUAUACAUCUCAUGGCCAUUUUGUGCACGCUUGUAAUCAAUAAAACUAACAAUUGUAGUAUUUUAUUGUCAAAUGUAAAUUUCAUCAUUAUUGAACCCCUUUGUCAUUUUGAUUAAGAGCUUUUUGUACCUUAAUAAGAAUGAUCUUUUAUCCCAGCAAGAAAAGUGGUGUCCGUGCAUUUUUGUUAAAGUCGUGACUGUGACGACUCCUAAAUUUCUUAAAUAUGGUUACACCAUACUAUUGCAAAGAAAUAUAGUCUGACGAUGCACUUUUCUGCAUCUAGUUUGUUGUAGACAGCAAUAAUAUAGUACAUUGUAUAGCAUUUUAUUUGCUCAACUCGAAAUAUGGUUGUGCAGUCCACAUGUUAAUUUUAAGUGUUGCCUGCUCUUUAACCUUUUGCAUCCGGAUAUUUUAUAUAUGUGUACCACCAUAGUCGUUUUUACCAGGUUUAUCGGCUAACUGCAAAAUCAAAACCCAAACACUUAAAUUUGAGAAAGAUGCCAAAUAUACUUUUUGUAGACAUAUCAAUUGAGCUACCUGAUGAAUUCUGUACUGGUUUUCCAAAAUGUGAAGAUACAGCACACAUACCUACAAAUUGUUGAAACUGAUCAGAAUUGACGUCAGAGAGAUGUGUUAUAAAAAUGACGAUUAAACUGUUUUAGUGUAUAAA